AUGCCAAGAGCAUCGUCCUCCGGGUCCAUAGCGGCAUCGUCCCAAGGCCGCGGGGAUCCAUACGACUCGGGCGCGCUCUCGACGGCCUGCCAGUCGACUGCCGUUGCGACUCCACAGCAUCAUUCCGAGGCACCCACUCGAGUCAACUCGUUCGACAUCUCGGCAGCCCACGACAUGCUGCACAAGCUUCACUCGAAGGUGGAGCAGGGCGACUCGACCGCCAUCGCCGAGGAUGAACACCUCGCUCACCUGCAUCAGCUGCCACCACACAAAGGGCAUCUCUUCCAUCUGCACCACAAGCACGAGCGCCCUUCCCGCGCAUCGGAGGAGGCUGAGGAAUCACCUCGACAGGCCCGUGACCUCGAGAAGGGCAGUGCGGAUGCGGAGAGCGAAGAGCCAAUACCUGCCGUCAUGCUUUCGGAAGAUGAAGACCCCAUGUGCUGGAGCGAUCGCCGCAAGUGGAUCACCACCGCGCUCGUAUCCUGUCUCUACUUUAACGCGACCAUCACCUCGUCCGUAGGCACGGGCGCCACCGCGCAGUACAUCCAGCAGUUCUCCAUCUCGCACGAGGUCUCUGCUCUCGUGCUGUCCAUCUACAUGGUCGGAUUCUGCGUGGGUCCCCCAUUGUGGGCACCCCUCUCGGAGCUCUACGGGCGCCUGCUCGUCAACUACAUCUCUGUGCCGGGCUACUUCUUCUUCAACAUUGGCUGUGCACUGGCGCCGAAUGUGCAGACGCUCCUCGUGUGCCGCUUCUUCGUCGGCCUUUUCGCUGCAGCACCGCAAGCCAACAGCGGCGGAACGAUCUCGGACAUCUGGGCGCCCAAGGUGCGGCUGUGGCCCAUGUUCACCUACUCGCUCUCGGCCUUCAUGGGUCCGACGCUGGGUCCGCUCGUGGGUGGUUUCAUUGCCGGCACGGAUCUGGACUCGGAACGAUGGCGGUGGAUCUACUGGCUGCUGUGUCUCAUCUCGGUGGUCUCCAUGGCGCUCGUCGUGAUCAUACAGAAGGAGACGUAUGCACCUGUGCUUCUCAAGCGCAAGGCGCGAAAGAUGCGCGCAGAGACUGGACGCAACGAGCCGUUGGCACCGGGAGAGACGCUCGCCGAGGAUGGCACCGUCGCGCCCGUUUCGUGGUCCGAGAUCAUGCGCGUCUAUGUGGGUCGACCUUUCCACAUGUUGUUUACCGAGCUGCCGCUCAUGUACGCCACGCUGUGGACGUCGUUCUGCUACGCCAUCAUCUUUAUCUUCUUCGAGGCGUACCCUGUGGUUUUCUCCGGCACGUACGGGUUCAACGCAGGUGAGGUUGGACUUACCUUCCUUGCUAUCGGUGCGGGUAUUGCGCUGUCGGCGCCGAUUCUUGGCUGGUUCAACAGGCGGUCUCUUGCAGCUCGCAUUGCAGCGGGUGGUAAGCCUGUGCCCGAGUCGCGCCUUCCACAGGUGGCUCUUUCGGCGCCGCUGUUUACGAUCGGCUUCUUUUGGUUCGGUUGGACCGCACGGGCUUCAAUCCACUGGAUCGUUCCUGUUCUUGCAGGGUUGCCAAUUGGCAUCUCGCUUAUGCUGGCGUUUAACUCGCUCGCGACGUACGCGGCCGAGUGCUACCACAUCUACACCGCCUCGGCACUCGCAGCCAUGGCAUUCUCGCGUUGCUUGUUCGCCGUCUUUGUGCCGCUGUUCGGCAGACAGAUGUUCGAGAACCUUGGCCCCGGGUGGGCCUCGAGCAUCCUGGCGUUCUUCAGCAUCGCUGCCAUCCCGGUUCCGUUCGUUUUCUUGAAGUACGGCAAGGCGAUCAGACAGCGCAGCAAGAUGUGCAUCAACGCCUAG